CUUUUUCCUUUCUCUACGCUAGCCUCACCAUUUCUUUUAUUUUAUACUACUGUGUAAAAAUGUCAGUGAAAUCUUGACCGUCCAUUUCACUAACUGGAGAUUUCCAAGCCGGAUCCUUUCUAGCUUUCACGGAGAAGACGAAGAAACUAUUCAUUGAGCAGUCCAUUGAAAUCUCAUCUGGGUUUCCCAAAGAAUAUGCAAAUUCAAAGACUUUCGUUUCAAAAUCACACUCUCACACCACCAAGUUACUCACCCACUCCUCAUAUUUUCCCUUCUUUCCCUCCCACGAACCACUCCACUAAACUUGUGUCCCAUCCAAAUUCGAAAUCUGGGUUUUGCAAUUUACUCAAAAGAAUGUCCAAAUCACCAACUGGUGUGAAGAACCGUUCUGGUUUGGUUAGGGUCAGAUGCGGCGGAGUGACACAAGAUAAUGACGAUGGGUUCUAUAUGAGGAGAUGUGUGGAGCUUGCCAGGAAGGCAAUUGGGUGUACCAGUCCCAAUCCCAUGGUGGGCUGUGUGAUUGUCAAGGAUGGGAAAAUUGUUGGUGAAGGUUUUCACCCUAAAGCGGGGCAGCCUCAUGCUGAGGUGUUUGCUCUGAGAGAUGCUGGGGAUUUGGCUGAGAAUGCAACAGCAUAUGUGAGCUUGGAACCAUGUAACCACUAUGGGAGAACCCCUCCCUGCACUCAAGCCUUGAUUAAAGCCAAAGUGAAAAAGGUAGUGCUUGGAAUGGUGGAUCCAAAUCCAAUAGUGGCCUCGAAGGGGGUGGAUAGACUGAGAGAUGCAGGAAUUGAUGUGACUGUGGGCAUUGAAGAAGAAUUGUGCAAGGCGCUUAAUGAGGCCUAUAUCCAUCGAAUGCUGACUGGAAAGCCUUUUUUAACACUCAGAUACUCUCUCUCAGUUAAUGGCAACGUUUUAGAUCAGCUUGGUGAAGGAGUGACAGAGCCCGGUGGAUACUACUCACAAUUAUUACAGGAAUAUGAUGCAGUUAUACUUUCUCCCAGCUUAUUUAUUGAUGAGCUCUCCAUUCCAGCAUCCCAAGAACCUGGAGCCAAGCAACCCUUUUGGAUUUUAACAGCAAGAACUCCUAAUCCUCCCAUCAAAAUCCCAGAUCUAACCACUGAAGAAGCUGCUAAGGUAAUAAUCUUCACAGACAAAGAGAUGGAUGUAGAGCCUGAAACAGCUCAACAGGGAAUUGAAAUGGUGGUUUUGGAUCGGAUAAAUCUGAAGGAAAUUUUGGAAUACUGUGCGCGCCAAGGGUUUUGCAGUGUUUUGCUGGAUUUGAGGGGGAACUUUGGAGAUCUUAAAGAGCUUCUCAAAGAGGGCAUUGAGCAAAAUCUGUUGCAAAAAAUUGUGAUGGAAGUUUUGCCGGUUUGGGAUGGAAGUAAUAGUGAGAAUUUGCUAGUGGCAAUGCAGAGUCUGGAUAAAAGAAUAAAAGUGAAGAAUUUACGACGUAGAAUCUCAGAUAACAAUGUGGUACUCGAGGCCUAUCUUUAAGUGAUUCGAAUUUUUUGGAGUCAACGAAUGAGGUAUAAUAGUUAAGUGUUUGGGUUUGUCUAUUGUUUUUUUCCAUAAUGGCAGUUUCGCCAGGGAUUCCAUCUUCAAUAGGCUGAGAAAAGGAAUCAAUCCAGCAUAUUUUGCUUUCACACCUCACUCGUUUUCUUUAUUUACAAAGAACAAGGUGGCAUAGUCCCCUACUACCCUGACCUCAACAUAUUUUCUCAUUUGCAGCCCAUUUUUAGCUUUAGAGUGCUGUAUCUUGUAUGCAAAGUUUGAAGAAGCAUUCCAUCAAAUGAUAACACAGAGAUAUGUCCUGAUUAUUCUCAUUUGAAUGCAAAUUGUGCGCCGCAUAACAGCAAUUGAAUUAAAUUAUAAUGGUUAAUGUAUUGACAAACUUUACAUGACUAGGAAUGUUUGGCGAGAGGCUUGCAUGUGCAGUUCAUACUUUGUAAAACAGGUUUAGAAAUUGUCUUUAUGUUAAGAAACAAAAUGACAACUUGUAGAUAACUGUCAUCUCCACAUACAUCCGGUAGAUCUUGAACAUCUAACUUCGCUCUCCACUCUAUUCUCUCGGCGGAGGGCGUGACGAGCUGAUUGGGAAAGACAAAGGUGAAGCUUUAGUAGCAGAAAUAAUUUGGAAGGGGUUUGAUUUGUGGUUUUGGUCCAAAUGAAUUAGAUAUUUUGGCUGCAAGUGCGAGGAUCCUUGAUCAGAGCAUUCCAUCUGCAGAUUUCUUUAAUGAAAGUGAUUCAAAUCCGAGGAGACAGAUGUAUAUGCUACAACUUACUGUCAGUCGGUCUAGUGGCAAUCUCAUGAAGGAUUCUCUUUCACCGCAUGCUGACUGAAGGGAACUAGAUGAGACAAUUGAGUUGUCAUUCCUCUUUCCUUCGCUUAGGAAGGAAAAGGGCGAUUUAGCCCUGCCUUUAAAGAUGGGAAGAAAAUCAAAAAGAGAAACAUUCUGUAUGCUGAACAUUUAUAGAAGGUGAAGAAGCAUUUUCCAUAUGGAGUCACAACACAAAAUGAAGUAUUUCCAUGUAAAUCUAGAAUCUUGAAUGCA